AUGGAGAAUCAGAUAUUGUUUGAUAUACGAUCAGUAAUAGACAGUGGACUUCUAACUGAAAUAUUUAGUCAAAAUAGUCCUGUUGGUUCUGAAAACUUUAAUCUGGAAACUGCAGUAAUUAAUAAUUCCGUUGAAGAAGGAUUGCUAUCUAGUCAAGACAAUCACUUACGCACUGGAAAUGUGGGAGAGAGUUUGUCAGAUCACUUCAAGUAUCCACUUACCAUUGAAAAUCAAAAUACAAUAGUAAAAGCUGAAGUACCUCCACAUGGAAAGAAAAGCUGUGAUGAUGAAGAUCUUGAAAAAUACAAGGAAUUAAAUCUUCCAGAAGAAGCUGAACAUAUGAAUCCAAAACAGUACUAUGCAGUUACAAACCUUGACCAAUUGCUUAAACGUUUGACCACCGGUUAUGAAAGUUACGUGGUUUGCGCUGAUGAUGAUGAUGAUGUAGAAUCUUCCAGUGAUAUCUGUGGCUUACCUCAGACUAGUGCUUCUGUCUAUGAUGAAAUAGCUGAGGUAAGAGAUGCAGUUAGUAAUGUUAUCGAGAAUCACCAAGACAGAGCAAUUUUUCAGAGUUUAGAUGUUGACGAGCCUGACUGCAAGUUAAUAGAAUUGCACAAUGUAGCGGAGGAAUCCAGAUGUUCACACAGAAAUGAUUCCAACCCUGUGGUUAUCUGCCAGUUGGAAGGAGGUACUCAAAUACUCUGUAUAAACAGUUGUGGCACACAAGAACUAAAACCAGUUCAUCUAAUUCCUGACUAUCAUGACCAACAUAAUUAUCUUCAAUCAGAGGUGGACAACCCUGUAACAGCUGUUCUGGGGCAGUUUUUGCCUGUUCCAAGUGAACUAGUUCUGAAUGAACAAGAGUUUGAAAAUGGACCCUUACAACCAGUGGCUAGCACUGCCACGUUCCAUCUAGAACAAAAUCUGCAGGGACCAGUGAAAAUGACCUCAGAGGGAUAUUGUGAUUGCUUUGCCAAUGGUGAUUUUUGCAACAACUGUAACUGCAAUAAUUGCCACAACAAUCAACUUCAUGAAACUGAGCGAUUUAAAGCCAUUAAGGCCUGUCUUGAUAGAAACCCAGAAGCUUUCUUACCAAAGAUUGGGAAAAGGAAACUAGGAGAAAUUAAACCUCACCAUAACAAAGGAUGUAAUUGCAAGCGCUCAGGAUGCCUCAAGAAUUAUUGUGAGUGCUUUGAGGCUAAAAUUAUGUGUUCCUCUAUUUGCAAAUGCAUUGAUUGCAAAAAUUAUGAAGAAAGUCCAGAUGAAAAAAAACAGCUGAAUGUGCUAAACUACAUGGACACUGGAAAUAAUGAAGGAAAUAGCUCAGUUUUAACAUCAACAUUCAAAACAUUACCAAACUUGAAGACAGACAGGAAACCAGCUGUAUGUAUAUCUUGGGAAGAAGUGAAAGCAGUAUGUGCUUGUCUCCUGGUGCAAGCUGAAGAGGCAGAAAAAAGAGGUUACUCUGCCUGUCUAGCUGAGCAGAUGAUCAUGGAGGAGUUUGGGGGAUGUUUAUCCCAGAUCCUACAUGCAUAAUUAAAAUCUAAAGGACUGAAAGUUGAAUGA